AAGAAGCCCGCUUGUGGAUGACCCGCAAGAUGGGUCCCAACUUCGGCAGGGCAUUCUGGCGUUGUCCCCGAGCCCGGGGACACCAAUGCAAUUUCUUCGGAUGGACCCAGCCGACCUGGCUACCACAGGAUUCCAUGGGGAAUCCCGGGACUCCAUCAAUGCCGGCGACAUCACCACUGCCGAGGGGGACCAGGUCUUCACCGUCGGCACCCGGAGCUACCUCAACGGCCAGUCCCCGGACUAUGACGACCAAGUGCCGUCACAAGAAUGUGACACGACAGGGAAGUACGGGAACGACCAUUCAGGAGAAGUGCAAGGACUGCGGCAAGAUUCUGAAGAAGGGGCCUCGCGACACCGAAUCAGAGAGCAACAGUUCCCAGACCAAGGACUCCAAGAUGAACAAGAAGGAGAAGGACGAAUACAAGGAGUUCCAGGAGUUUCGGAAGUGGCAGAAGGAAAGGCGACAAAUGGAUUCGGAAUCCGAGACUUAGGCAUCGAGCCUGAUGAAAUUCAGUCCCUCAUCAAGCCUGUGAACGGUAGAAGAGCCAGGCGGGUUAAGCGGAUUGUACACCAGGCCAAAACGGCCCUUGGAACCGCUGAACAGAUUUGGACAGAACUUAUGAGCCUGGUUAGUACAGAGCCAAGUCAAAUUACCGACAUCGGCUGGCAGAGGCUUGAGAGGGAAGUCAUGGAUCCGACAGAUCCGCAUCGGAUUAAAAACCAGAAAGCGGCUCACAAGUUUGCAGGUGUGUUGGGACAAAACCCUAAACAACUCAGAACGGUUGCUGAAGUCUAUAAUCCUAAUCGUUUCGGGGAUCGGGCCAAGAGAUUUCAACUGCAUCCAGGACAGGCGUUUGAUUUGACCUUGGGACAUGAUCUCUUAAAGGCUGAUAUGCAGGCUGAGGUUGUUCAAUACUUGGAUUUUAUGAGACCUGGACUCGUUGUAAUCUCUCCACCUUGUACCUUGUUCACACCUUUGCAAAACCUGAACAAACACAGGAAGUAUCAGAUCUUUUUGAAGAGGCUUCGAUUUGCCAGGAAGCUUCUUAGGUUUUCCGCCAAGGUGGCUGAAAAAGUCAUGUCGUAUGGAGGUCAGUUUGUGCUCGAGCAUCCCCUCACCUCAACUGCCUGGCUUGAAAAUGAACUGCAGCAGCUCAUGGCGGAUGACCGCGUGAUCCUGGUAGCAUGCGAUCAGUGCAUGUUUGAUUUGAGGUCGACGUCGGGCAACCUUCACAAGAAGCCCACUGGCUUCAUCACGACUUCACCAGAGAUCGCGACUGAACUGGAUCAAAGAUGCGAUCGAUCUCAUCAACAUGAACAAGUCAUCGGCAGCAACCAAACAGGUAAUCGAGCCAAACAAGCUCAGGUGUACCCUCGACCUCUGGUAGAUGCUAUCCUGCGAGGUUAUCGACGACAUGUCAAGACGGAGGAGAUCAACAUGGUUGGCUGGGAAGAUCUACGACGAGACCUACAACAACACCUCUACUUCAUGGACGAGAUCUACCACGACGUGGAUGCCGAGAUGCUCAAAAAUGUCAACAUCAUCGGGACCGAUGCGAUUCCGGCAAAGAUCACCGUGAGGGAGAAUGACAUGGUCUUAGCGAAUAACCAGGUCCCGGCCGAGAUCUAUGAGAUUGAGGAUGCGGAGACGGAAGGUCGAGAUGAAGUUCAAGAGAAUGGGGAAGAAGAAGAAGGACCGGAAUCCCGAAGACCGAGACUGCCCCGGGAGAGACCCUUUUCUCUCCAACAAUUGGUGCGUCGAGCACAUGAAGGGCUUGGUCAUCCUGGCAACGAUAGGCUGGCCAGAAUCCUGAAGAGCGCCAAUGCCUCUCCAGAAGCUAUCAAGAUCGCCAAAGGACUACGAUGCUCAGUCUGUGACCAACAUGCUGCCCUACAUCCGCCUCGAAGAGCAGCACCGCCACGACAACUACACGUGAACGAGAUUGUGGGCAUCGACACCGUGUACAUUCCGGACUUUGAGCGGAAGAGAAGGCCAGCCCUGAACAUAGUGGAUUGGGCCUCCCGCUUCCAGAUGAUUAUCCCUCUUAAGAGACACACUGCCUACGAAACCAGGAGGGCAUAUCUCCAGUGGGUCAAGAUCUUCGGACCGCCUACCAAACUCUACGUGGAUCUGGGACGAGAAUUUCUUGGAUCAUUUGAACUAGGAGCCGAACAAGAAUCAACGAUAGUGGAACCCAGCAGUUUGGAGAUGCCGACUCAAAGAGGGAUUACAGAGCGAGCUGGCAGGAAUUUCAAAGAGGUGUUCAGUCGGACGAUGCAACAAUAUGCUUGCCAGGACGAAGAGGAGUGGCGACAAUUGGUCGAUGUGGCCAACAUGACAUGCAACCGACUGAUGAAUAAGUCCGGAUAUAGCCCUAUCCAGAGGGUACUUGGCUACUCACCACGAAUUCCUGGAGGAGCUCUUUCUGGUGGGGCUAAUGACUUGGCCACGAUGAGUCUACGAGCCGGAGAUCUUCAAGUACAAAAGGCGGCAGAGAUGAGGUUGGCAGCUGCACGGGCUUUUCACGAGGCUGAUUGUAGCCAGGCACUCAAAAAUGCUCUUCACGCUGGACCCCGUCAACGUAUUGACUAUGAGGUCGGCCAAACAGUGUACUUUUGGAGAAAGGGGAUGGAAGGAGCUAAGAAGAAUGCACCUGAAUACUGGCGAGGGCCCUGCAGAGUUAUACUUACGUCACCACCAAACACCAUUUGGGUGAACUACAGGGGAUACAUCGUCAAGGCUGCUCCUGAACAUCUUCGACUUGCCAGCGAAGAGGAACAAUUCACUCUGAGCAAAUGGAUCGACGACAUCACCGAGACCAAAAAGGAGCUCGACACUAUCCCGCGACAAGGUUACAUCGACCUCACCAAUGAGCCGAUCCCAUUGGAAGACGAACCAGCAGGAGAAGAAGAUGGACGUCAAUCUAGUACGGUGUCUGGCAUCCCGAAAUUCCGGCUCACCGGAAAGAGGGAUCAACAGAAUAUAGUUUUUCAAGGAGAUGAACGGAAUGAUGAGUGGGUGAUCGAUGAGGAGCAGAAGAAGCUUGUGCGAUGGCACUACCAACCACGAAGAAAUCUCUUUUCACCCACGGAAGCUCCUGACGGAUGUCCAGUACCACUUCAUAGAAUCUAUGGUCAACGACGGACAGAAGGAAAUCUUGUGACGACUGGAGAAAGAUUUUCAAAAGUGGAUGAUUGGUUGGUCCGAGAAAGGUCUGAACCUGAAAGAGUAGCAUGGACCGGACGAACAGAGUUCGAGGUUAAACCGACACGGGAGAGCAUGGGAGAGAUCAGAAUUCCAGCGAGCAGUUCGAAGAGACAACGACUGGAGGAACCACAACCAGAGGUGGAGGAGCACAACAUCCCUGCGGAGGACCAGGCCAUUGAACCCGACAUCGUUCCUGAAGGCGAGGCAACGGUUGAGGAGCUACCCCGGGGAGAAGUUCGACAACGCGAUGAUCAAGAACCAGAUCCGAGUGGAGAGGGAGAAGUCGGGGAUGAGAGAGAAAGCAAAAGAAUGAGAACCGAGUUCAUCGAGCUCUACCUGAACCAGAUCGAGAAGGCCCUGAUGACCAAGUCGAAAAAGGAGGUCAGUUUCAGAUCUUUAGACCAACGACAACGUGGACCCUUCAUCAAUGCCAUCAACAAGGAGAUUAGAAACAAUCUUCAAACCGGAGCUUACGAAGUCCUUUCACCCGAGGAGUCCGAAAGGAUACGUAGAGAAGAACCCGAGAAGAUUGUGAAAUCCCGCUUUGUCUUCACUGAGAAACCAAUAGAACUUGAUGAUGUGGAACAAGCCAAGGCAGAUGGGCUACUCCUCAAGAAUGAGGGAGAGAACAGCACCAAGGCAAAGGCUCGGCAUGUGAUGAAGGGCUUCAGCGAAACAGACUCUGAGAAUUUGGAAACAACCACUCCGCAAUGUGGAAGAGACACGGUCCUCUGCACCCUUCAGAUCAUAUGUAGCCACCUUUGGAAACCUGGCUACUUAGACUUCACUCAGGCCUUCCACAGCGGCGACAAACUCCAGAGGGAGAUCUAUGCGUCUCAACCUGCAGAAUGCCCUCUUCCUGGAUACCAAGAUCGUCAACUACUAAGGUUGCUGAAAACCUGCUACGGCCUCUUGGAUGGACCUUUCGCCUGGUACCAACACCUGAAAAGGAUACUGAUCGAGACCCUGGGAUACAACCAGAGCGCUGGUGAUCCAUGUCUAUUCUACCUCUGGGACAAGAAGGAGAAGAAGUUACAGGGUAUCAUCAGCGUGGCAACUGAUGACCUCCUCCAUGGAGGGGAUGAGACACACUGGCGCAAGAUGGAGUGGUUGAACAAGAACUACAAGCUGGGAAAAUUCACAUCGGGCGAUGGCCGAUUCGUGGGCAAGGAGAUCAAGUGCAAGACGGAUGGGAGUUUCCUAGUUCACCAACCACUCUUUGCCCAGAAGGUAGAACCAAUUCCGAUCGAGAAAAAGAGGAAACGUGAAAGAUACAGUUUUUGUACUCCGGCAGAGAUCACCCAGUUACGAGGCCUUUUAGGCAGUUUAGCCUGGCUGGCUAAAGAGACGCGGCCUGAUAUAGCCGGCAGAGUGGCUAUCCUUCAGCAAUCGAUGCCUACACCUUUCGUCCAAGACAUGGUCGAGGCCAAUGUACUUGCCAAGGAGGCGGUAAAGCAUGAACAGCUGGGAAUAGUGAUCCAGCCCAUUCCGCUGAAGUACCUUCGAGUGGGCACAGUAUCCGAUGCUUCAUGGGGGAAUGUGAGACCGGAGAACGACCAGGAGACGCAAGAUUUUUGGGAGGAGAAAGACAAGUACUGGAUUCGACAUCACCGCCAACCCAGACGACUCCUAUUUCACCCCGCUGGAGCACCCCAAGGGCCUAACUGCUAUGAGCUUGGAGGAGAACGAGUUACUAUCAUGGAUGGAGAAGAGCUCCGCGACCAAUGGAAUACCAAGGAUAGCAAUCGACAAGGAAAAGAUGAAACAUGGUGUGGUCAGACCAUCUUCUUCAAAAAGAAUGACUCGAAGCCGGAAGUUGUCAAGGACAAGUUCUUACAGCACGGCCGACUAUCCAGCCAGGGUGGUUUCAUCACGUUCUUCUAUGACUCCAGAAUGGAAACCGAGGAGAAAUCAUAUCCCAUAUCGAUCGUGAACUGGAAGAGUUUUCGAAUAAAAAGAUGCACUGUAAACACUCUUUCAGCAGAGUGUCAGGCAAUGCUUCAAGGAAUUGGUGCACUUCAUUGGCUGCGAUUUCUCAUCCAGGAGAUUCAUGGACAAGAUCUACGUUUGGACAAUUGGGAGACGCGAAUCGGUGAAAUUCCUUGCAUCGCAGUCACAGACUCGAAGUCCCUCUACGACACGAUCAACAAAUGCUGCAACACCAGUGCCCACAUCGAGGUCCACCAUGCACGUGCACGAUUACUGGACACCUUGCGUACCCGCGCCAGUGUGACGACAGACUGGCUUGCCCAGUGGCGCCUAGGCGCCGUGCUCUAUAUGCGGGGUUUGGGUCGGGAGGCGUUGCCCGUGGUGCAAAAGGUGCUGGCAUUUUGUGAGUCAAGAUAUGGCCAUGGGAGUCACCAGGCUGCCGAUAGUGCCGAUUUCUUGGCAGAUAUCUUUCGUCAAAUGGGCAAUUACUGCGAAGCUGAACAGCUGCUGCGCCGUGCCUUAAAGUAUAAUGAGAAAUGGUGGGGUCCAGAAGCCAAAAAGACUUUGAGAUCCUUAUAUAGCCUUGCCGCCGUCCUGGAUGCCACGGGCAACAAGUCUCAGGCCGAGGAGAUGUACAGGCGAGUCAAAGAUGCCUCUGAAAGGGUGUUCGGUCCUGAAGACGGUCUCACUCUGGACUCCAGUAACGGUCUGGCGGUUCUCCUGCACGGCGCAGGCAGGUACAGUGAAGCUGUUGACUCGUACCGCCAGAUCCUCAGCAGAAAAGAAAGGAAUUUGGGUCCUUUGCAUCCAGGGACUUUGCACACUCUGACCAAUGUGGCGAUUGCCUUGACGGACAUGGGAAACUUCAGCGAAGGCGUGGAGUUGCACCGAAGGGCCUUGGAUGCCAGGGAAAGGACUCUGGGCAAGGAACACCCCGAGACCUUGCAAUCCCUCAGUCAGCUGGCAUUGGCCUUGGAUAACAUGGGACACCUUCCUGAAGCGGAGGAGUUGCAAAGACGGGCUCUGGAUGCGAAGGAAAGGACUCUGGGACCCCAGCAUCCGAGCACCCUUCGAUCCAUUGGGCGUUUAGUGCGCCUCUUAAAGGAGAUGGGCAAGGAAUCUGAAGCAGACGAACUGUGGAAACGGAUAGAACUUGUUCCCUGAACCGCCAAGUUUUCAGGUGCUGUUGGCACUUCAUGGCACUUCAACCUGCUCAUGACGUUUUAUCGUUUCUUCAAUGAUUUCAAUGUCGACUUGUACAGAGAGCUUUGGGUUUCAAUUCCUCACCGAAAGGUGAUGGGGCAGCUACUCAAAACUGGCAAAAUGUCCACCUCAGUCCGCUCAUUCCCGCAAUUUCCUGC